UUUAAUUAUAGCUAACUUCAGUUGACCUCCCGCAGGUCAUAAAGAAAUGAUUGAAAAUGGUAUUUUGUUGUGAUUAGUAUAAAAAUACAUUAAAGUAAUUUUGAAAUUAUUGAUACACUUACAAUUUAAAAGAAAGAAAUUGCAGUGACAGAAAAAAAUGGGAUCCUUAACGAGCCGACAAAAUGCUGGCGUUGAGGAAGUUGACAUUGUUUCGAAUCAUGCAUACAAAUAUCCUCCUCGUUCUGGUAAUUAUUUUGGAAGCCACUUUAUCAUGGGAGGUGAAAGAUUUGACACACCACAACCGGAAGCCUACUUGUUUGGGGAAAAUGCAGAUCUUAAUUUUUUAGGAAGUCGACCAACACCAUUUCCAUAUCCACCGCCGCAAGCAAAUGAUCCAACAAAAACAUUGAAAAGUUUAGUUUAUAUAAGAAAAGAAUCUCUUCGUCUCGUUCGCAGUGUUGACAAUGCCGCGACUUCUCAACAAACGACAGAUAUUAAACAUUUCGGCGAUGGGGAUCUUGAUAAAAAAAUGAGAUUUAAUAUUGAAUUCACAUUUGAUUGUGACGUUAGAUGUGCAAUUACGAUUUAUUAUUUUUGCACCGAAGAAGUCACCUCGAAAGGAGUCGUAUACGUUUCUCGAGAUCCAUCCUUGAAUUCUGAUACGUAUCAUUAUAAAAAAGGUGCGAAUCAACAAUUUUGUCAAGCUUUACACGUAUUUGAUCCAACACCAUUCACUGACGAGGAAUUAUUAUACAGCAGUGAUCGGGAAAUAAUUCCAAUCGCUAUUCAUUGUGUGGCUGAGGAAGGUUCUGACGAUCCUAAACAAUCGCAUACAACAAUAGCUGUGAUUGAAAAACAUUCUGAUGGAUCGUACGUUUUGAAGGCCCUCAAACAGAAAUUAUUCGUCGAUGGACUUUGUUAUUUACUGCAAGAAAUUUAUGGAAUCGAGAACAAAAAUACAGAAGAUGCCAAACAGGUAAAUGGCGAUGAAGAUGCAGAGGACAAUGGAUCCGAGUGUGUGAUUUGCAUGUGUGACGUACGAGAUACAUUAAUUUUACCAUGCAGACAUCUUUGUUUGUGCAAUGGUUGCGCGGAUUCCCUUAGGUAUCAAGCAAACAAUUGUCCCAUUUGUCGAGCUCCAUUCCGCGCUCUCUUACAAAUUAAAGCUCUUCAAAAAUCAUCGGGUUCGAUAAUAUCGAAUCCUGUACCGCCUCCGCCUCCACCCGGCUUACCAGAGGGAAGCUGUGAAAACAUUCCAUUAGGAUACGAAGCAGUUUCGUUAAUUGAAGCUUUGAAUGGACCGUACAUUCCUAGAGUAGCGACAACUGUUUUGCCGUGCUCUGAAUCUCCUGACUGUCCACCUGACAAUGCGGACACAGCAACAGCAAUUCAAGCCGCAGAAGUCCUUAAUCGUUCAACAGAACGGACUCCAGUGUCGAAACAUAUUGCCUCUAAAGAAACGUUGGACAUUUCCUCGAGAACAAGUGGAACUCCCUGUACGACACCCGAAUUUCGAAUGUCUGUCUUAUUGGCGAAGGGCGGCGAGAACUCGACAGGAUCACAAAAAUCAGAGCUUCACAAUCGUUCGCCGGCCGUGAGGGCAAAAAUUACCGGACAUUCACGAUUGGAAAAGUCGAAUCUCAAUCGAACAAGAGACACUCUUCGUCUUGUCAAUGAAAAACAACCCGUUUCACUCUAUGAGUAUUUACAAGGACAGGGACAGGACGAGGACAGCGAGGCUGAGAAAUUAUCUCCUUUACUCGAUGCUGCAACGAGUACAGAAACUUUAGAUACUCACAAUCAUCGAAUGUGUGAUAUGGACAUUGAUGACGAUAUGCAAAAUGGAGAAAGUGAAAAUGGCGAGGUGACGUGUCACUCGCGUUAGUAAAAACUCAAAUCUGGAAAUAAUUUUAAAUGGCGAUUUUUUCCAUUUUUUCAAUCAAACUUUUUAAAAAAUUUAAAUGAUUUUUUGAAAAAAGUAACAGAAUUCUAGUUACUUGCUAACAAUUUAUUAUCCACCACUGUUAGAUUUUUAAAAUAUUCAAUCGCGCAUUUAAUUUGGGAAACAAUUCCCCUUCUUAAAAAAAAACUAAAUCGUCCAUAAUUUUAACUAUAAAGAAUAAAAUAAUUUCCUCUCAGUUCUCAAAUGAUAUUCUUUACAAUUUAGAAAUAUUAAUUACUCAAAAUCGAGCCUUUGAUACGUAAUUAUAAUGCCAGUAGAUUAAAAAGAUUAAAAAUCAAGUUCGCAGUUGAAUUUUUAUCUAUUGAAAAAAUUUUCUUUCUAGU